AUGGCCACCACUACCAAUAUCAACAGAGAAUCAUGGGAUUCUCUCACCUCAACCUUGGAACACCUUGAAGUGUCUUUCUCCCGAGACAGCUGUUAUGGAUCGGACGAAGUCUCCAUUUCCUCAAACAAUACCGCUCCAUUGCAGUCCGGCGUCUUGACCAAUGUUGUCAAGCACGAGGAGCCAUCCUUGCAGCCAUUUUUGAAGUCAAACUUGAAGAACUCCUGCACAGUUCUGCAGGAUGACAGCGAAUCUGAGUCUGGAUACGGAUCAGAUGAAAUGGAAGACGACUUUGACGCACUCGAAGAAGGAGAAGACGACGAAGACGACAUGUCUGACUUCUCUAUCUGGGAGAACACUUCUCAGGAUGUGCCUGAAUCGCGUGAAGAUCACACUGAUCUCUUUGACGACUCUUUCAUUGGAUUUGAUUCCAUGGUUCGUUUUGAUGAUCAAGUCUGUUACAUAGACUCCCCUGAAUUCUCGGAUGAUGAGGAAAUGUCCGAGAGCCAGAUGACAUGUCAUGAGCAGUUCCUUCUCCACAUGAUGCAAAGCUCUCAAUCUUCUCCAUCCGACUCCCAAAUGCAUGAAGAGUCGGACGAGGAGUCAGAGAGUGACCACAAAGAAUUCAUUCGAACGGCCUCGCACCAGCCAGAGGAUUUCCCCAGGGAGGCUGUCAACGAGGACCGAGAGAUCUUUGUCGCUGAGAUGAAUUGUAUCCAUGGCAUUGCAGACAAUAACUACAAGCACUAUCUCCGUACCCAGGUUGACAACAUUCGACAUGGCCACGAAGCUGAGUCCAUGCAUCCGGACGACCCAUCUUGCAUGUAUCUUGAUCAAAUCCUGGAUCAUGUCAUCGGGGUUUUCCGCAACCUCCUCGCUGCGGAUGAGCUCAACGAGUUGGUCGCGCUCCGCGAAGCAGAAAAGGGCCUGAUCCCCGAAGAAGGUACCAUCGCUACCUCGAUCCCAGCGUUGAGCCAUCAUCAUGCUCUGCUGGACAAGAUUGAGCGCUUCCUUCUUGACAGACUGGCCAAGGGUCGUGUGGAAGUUCGUCCAGACGAGCUGAGCUUCUUCGCCGGUGGUAUCGCCCACGCUCUCGGCACUAAGGAUCUACCUGCAGUGUAA